ACUGAUUAUUUGUAAGUUGUUGACUAGUUUACUAUUGUUAUCUGCUGAAAAAUGAGUUUCAACUUCGGAAAACCAACAACAACAGCGGCAAGCACGGGCUUCAGUUUUGGAACCCCUUCAAAUGCCUUUAGUUUUGGCCAAACUUCAGCUGCACCAGCAACAACUAGUAACACUGGAUUCUCCUUUGGAGGUGGUGGGGGAAAUAACACAGGGUUUGGAGGGGGUAUCGGUACCACUGGCCAAUCGUCAUCUUUGUUUGGUAGUUCAACCCCUGCAACACAAUCUACGGGAUUCUCUUUUGCUCCUGUUGCUUCUACUGCAACAGGUGGAAGUCAAGUUACAUCAGCGGGGAGUGGUUUGUUCGGAAGCACGUCAGGUGGAAAUCAAGCAACUACAGCAGCAACAGGGUCAGGGUUGUUUGGAGCGAAACCAUUCGGAGGCUCCCUUGGUGCUUCCUCUUCUUUCCUUGCAUCCAACCCCGCAUCCACAUCAGGAGGAGCUUUCUCUCUUCCACAAACCGCUGCUCCUACCUUUGGAUCAACGUCCACGGCUUAUCUUCUGGAUUCGGGUUCGGAGCUUCUACAACAAAACCGUCUUCCCAAGCCAACCCUUCCGCUCUUUUAAAUUUUGGUUCAACAACAACGACAGCAGCAACAAAAUCCAUGUUCGGUUUGGCUACAGCUCAGCCAAGCACUCCUGCUACUGGUUUUUCACAGCCUGCACAGGCUACUGGGUUGGCUUCAAAACCGGUUUCUCUUGGUGGCGUUGCUACUACAGCACAACCUGUACAGCAAACUGCAUCAACUGGGUUUUCUCUAACUCAACAGCCAGCAAAAACAGAUGGUUUCCAACUUGGUGGUUUAUCAUCUGGGUUUAAACUUGGUGGGUUAACAUCAAGUGUUGCUACAACCACACCGGCUGCAUCUGGGUUCCAGCUUGGCUCGACAGCGGGCACAGGGUCGGGUGUCAGUGCUGCUGCCCCAUUUUUGAGCUCAGCAUUAGCGUCAAGUACUAACGCUCAACAGAAGCCGGCAGCUGCAACAACAGCAGCAGCCACAAAAUCUGGUUUUAUGCUUGGUGGAUCUGCAAGCUCCACUACGCCAUCUAGCGGUUUCCAACUUGGAGGAGGAUUGAAACUCGGUACAACAACAGCAACAAAAACCACAGCUCCACCAGUGGCCUCUGCUUCUCCAUUUAGUCUGGCUGCAACAUCAACUGCACCAAAGACAGCAAUAGCUCCCUCCGCUGGCAGUUUCGGCCUCACUUCUUCAGCUGCCACGACGACAGCAGCACCAGCCUCAAGUUCGACAUCUAGUGGAUUUAAAUUAGGUGGUGGCUUGUCACUUGGUGGGGCUGCUGCUACAACAAGUUCAUCACUCGGUGGGGGUAUUAAGCUGCCAGGAGCCACUGCUGCCACUACAACCACGACAGCAACAGCUGCAGUUGUUGCAGAAACCCCAUCGUUGAGAUAUAAAGAUUUAGAAACCAGGAUCAACAAAUGGACAAAUGAAUUGGAGCAACAGGAACAACUGUUCCUCACACAAGCCACACAAGUUAAUGCGUGGGAUAAACUGCUUAUUGAUAAUGGGGAAAAGAUCACCAACUUAAAUAGUGAGUUUGAAAAAGUGAAAUGCGAUCAGGACAGACUUGACCAGGAGAUUGAUUUCAUCAGGACUCAACAACAAGAACUGGAAGAUCUCUUGCUCCCUCUUGAGGAGAAGACAAGGCAGCAAGUAUCGUCACUAGCUGGAGCUGUGCACACACAUCAUGCAGAUGUAGAAAGGGAAAGAACUUAUAACCUUGCUGAAAACAUUGACGCCCAACUUAAACAAAUGGUUCAGGAUUUGAAGGAGGUAAUUGAGCAUAUCAACGCUACAAGUCAACCUGCUGAUGCUGCUGACCCAGUCAACCAGAUAUCCAAGAUAUUAUCUGCACAUAUGGAUUCCUUGCAAUGGUUGGACAGUAACUCUGGUGCCCUCCAGCAGAAGUUGAAUGUUUUAGUAAAAGAAGUAAACGCUCACAAAGUGGAGCAAGAGAGCCGAUUCAGACUCGCAUUUGAUUGAUGGAGAUUUUUGCGGAAACCGGAACUACAAAGAUGGUUUAUCUCAUAGAGAUAAAAAACUGUGGGUAUAGAGAUCAUAAACGAACAAUUUUCACUGCCGAAAAUAUAAAUAUUUAUGAAUUUCAAAUCAUGAGUAAAUUUAAACAAAAAGUUUUUACCUAUUUUUUGGGGGAAAAAACUGUUUUGAUAAACAUCAUUUAUUGAAGCAGUUAUAAAAACAUUUAUAUUAAUUAGAAUUUAGAGCACAACCUGAAAAUAACCUUUUAGGUUAUGAGAAUUGUAAUUUUUAUGCAACAAAUAUUUGCAACAUGGCCAAAGGCCAGUGACUUGCAUUUAAUAUGAAAAUUGUUUCAUUUUUGAAAGUAAACAACAAACAAUGCGUGAU